AUGGACAGCAGGGCCCAACGAUUCGAGGAUGAGAAGCGCCGCAUCAUCGAGAGCUGCUUCAAUAAGAAAGAUGUAGACGGGUCACUACUCGAGACCUACAUCACCCAUAUCCGAAUCACCGAAUAUUCCUCCCACCCUACUUCUCCUCCUCCCCCCGAAGCACGAACGCCUCAAUCAGAGAAGCCCCGCGUCAUUGUCAUUGCCGUUAGAAAAUCUGGCCGCGUGCGCAUGCACAAGACGAAAGAAAAUGCGAACGGCUCCUUCUCGAUUGGAAAGACAUGGAACCUAGAUGAUCUUUCUGCUCUCGAAUCCUUUACGGGACCUACAGCUAAUCCAACCCUCCGCGAAUAUGCCGGCGACACGGGCUUCAUUGUCACCAUCGGCAAGCCUUAUUUUUGGAAUGCACAGUCAGAUAAGGAGAAGAGAUUCUUCAUCGCCAGUUUGGUAAAGAUUUAUGCCAAGUACACAGGAGGCAAGGUCCCAGAGUUAUUAGGCUUCGACCAGGCCGAGACGGCUCAAAUCCUGCGCAACGACCGACGACCGCCGCCGCCCGCCCAGCUUCCUUUCCGGCCUCCGGGCAUGACACCAGAUGGUUCUACUGGCCAGAGCAACCUUGGUGCUGCGAGCGCAGCGCCCUCGAACUAUGGCUCUCCCUCCCCAGGACCACCGCCGGGCCCACGCCGUCCACCACCCCUCAACGGAACCAACUCUCCUGUGGGGAGCAUGAGCUCAUCCCUAUCACAACAAGAACCGCCCACAUUAAGGCGCUAUGGAAACAAGAGUCAGGAAUCGUUUGCUCCGUCUUUGGGAGCGCGGAGCGAUGAUGCGAGUAGCAUGCCACCUCGCUCGAGAAACGGCAUGCCUGGGCCGGGGUCCUUCAACAGGUUCGGCGACACUCCUACUGAACCGAUUCCCAUACCGCCACCCCAGCGCCCAGACAGCCGAGAACCGCCACCCGAGCGAAAGAGACCCCCUAUGGAUCCCGCGCGGCCUCAGGGCUAUUCUGACCGGGAUUUGGUUCCUGCGCCUUUAGUAAGCCCUGGAAUGCGACGAGAUCAGGUAGCCCCUCCUCCAAGGAGUACGGAACGAAUUGCUGGCAGGAAAAACUCUUUAUCGCAGCGAUCUGAUGCGGGUUCCUACAAGGACCGGCCUGUUACGCCUCUUACUCCUGGAGAUGCAGGAGCGGCAGACGUGCCACCGGCACUUAGGACCCCGACGCGAAAUGGAGCCACGCCGACGAGACCCCCUGCGAUCGUGUCGCCGCCGCCGGAAAUCCCUGUUCCUCCCGCACCUGUUUCUCCUAUUGCUUCUACCCCGCCCCCGGCGCCGGCUCCGGUAUCUGAACCCGGCCCCGUCGUUGAGGAGCCUCCCGUUGAGCCUGCCGAACCUCCAGCCUCUGGGCCAACCCCUCCUGUGCCGCCUCCAGUGCCAGACGAAGACAGCAGGCCUGGCCUUGGCCCGAUGAUCAAGUCGAAGAAGUCGAAGGGUGACCUUGCUGGGGUGCUCUGGAAGGCUGCGUCUGCUGCUGCCGCAUUCAAACCUCGACCUGGAGGUGCCGGAGAAAGACUGCGUUUGGCUGCGAACAAGAGCACAGAACCUUCCGAGGGAAUUACUUCUGUCUUCCAACCCCCGCCCCGCCCAACAUCUUCCGAUGGUCCCAAGGAGCCAUUGCCAGAGUCUGUUCCCGCAACCGACCCUGCCCCUGCUCCUGCUGAGCCUCCCAAGCGGAAUUCGGGUGUACCAGAGGUCAAGGUCACAGUCCCCAAUUCCAGCCGUCCGACUAGCUUGCAGCCCUCAAUCAAGGAAGUCAAGAAGCCAGAGGAAUCUACAGCGAAAGAAGAGGCUCGAAAGUCUCUUGUGGUGGGCAAUGACGCUAAAUACCUCGCAUCUCUCGGCGUUGAUCCCACAGUCCUCGACAACAGAAGCAGCGAGUUUACAAAAUGGCUCGACUACUUCGGUUGGGUGCCAGGCGAGAAGAUGAGAUCCCGUAACAUUGAGGAGAUGAAGACUGACCUCGAGCGAGAACUUAAUAAAGCACAGGCGGGCGGUUGGGUGGCCCGAUUCCAGGAGGAGGACGACCGAGUUGAAGCUAUCAAGCGGGGCAUUGAUCUUGCAAUUUCCGAGUGUGAAGAGAUGGAGAAUCUACUGACUUUGUACAGCGUCGAGCUUUCGACACUUUCCGAUGAUAUCGCAUAUAUUGAGGCUCAAGGCCAAGGUCUGCAAGUUCAGACCGCUAAUCAGAAACUCCUCAGGACAGAGCUUGAGUCUCUCCUCGAAACAACCACUAUUACCACGGCUGACCUGAAUGCUUUGAGAGCUGCGCCGUUGGAGGACCCUGCAGGCCUCGAGGAUAUCGAAAUGUCACUGGUAACACUCUACAAGGCUAUGAGCAAAAUUGACCCGUCACUACUUGGUGGUGAACCGAGGAAGAGCGAUGACCUUGAGGGUGAAGGCAAUCAGGCCGUUGGUCUCGACAAUACCGACUACGGCAAGAUGCGAAUCGUUCAAGAAAAGAAGGAGAUGUACAGGCAAGAGAGUGCCAUCUUCAUGCGGCGAUUGGUCGAGUACAUGGCACGACAAUUCGACGACGCUUAUAACGAGACAAACAGAGCGCUCAGUGAGGCAUUGUCGAGGAAGGUUGACUCUCGCCACCAUGAUGCCGGCCGAGACAUGCUUUGGAAGUACAGCCCUUUGAUCAAAUACGCUAAGGACGUCGACCCUCCCAACUGGGAUCGUAUGAUUCAGAUUUAUCAGGACAAGAGCUACCCUGUGUAUAAGAAUGAGUUCCGCCAGGUUCUAGAGGCAUGGAAGCGUAAUGCGCGCAAGAUGUCUCCCGACGAGACUGCCGAGCUCCUGUUUACGUACGAAGUCGAGAAGCAACAGGAAGGCAGAGCGACCACCGUCAGGAAGCUUACAGUUAAGCGGAGUCAAACCUUGGCUAAAAGUCUGCGGUCGCCUAUCGACAGCAGCAGCAGGUCAAACCUGAAGGAAGCAGCCGAAAGUCGCAGCCUCCCCUAUGAGGUAUUUGGCCACGUAGUAGAUGACUUACUGCCCUUGGUCGAAAUGGAGCAGAACUUCAUCGUCGACUUCUUCCAUGCCACAACGAUGGAACAGUCGGACUUCCCUGAUCUUGUCGCUGCUAGCAGGCCGAGAGACCGUAGAGGAGGAGACUUACGACGACAUCGCCUAAUGGAACCGGACCGUGAUCUCGCCCGACGAGUCACUAAGGCUAUGGAGGUGAUCUUCUCCUUCUUGGAGAGGGAAGUUGGAAACCUUGUUACAUGGGUCCUUCAAGCCGAUCCUUUACAAGGUGCUGGUGUGCUGGCUGUUCUCGAGCGCAGUCUCUUCGACAUCCAGCAAUCAAAUCAGGAUUUCCUUAAUACUCUUUUGCAAAAACUUCACGACACUCUGGAAGCCCAAUUCAAGAAGUUUGUGGACGAGCAAAUUAAAGCCAUCGAAGACACAAAGGUUAAGAUCAACAAGCGCAAGGGAGUCAUUUCCUUCAUUCGAGUCUUCCCCCACUUCUCCAAUGCGGUGGAGAACAUCCUCUCAGGAAUCGACCCGAACCUAUCUGUGCGCAAGACGGUUGACCGCGAGUACGACCGCAUUCUCAAGUCCAUGUUCGACUCGCUCAAGAUUAUCGCCCGCGAGAACCCAGCCGUAAGUGUCGGCGCCGCUGGUGCCGAUCCGGAAGACAAGGAAGCGCUCAACUUCCACAUUCUACUCAUUGAGAACAUGAAUCACUUUUUGGAGGAGGUGAACACACACAACCUUGAAGUGCUUGAGGACUGGCGUGAAGCCGCUACAAAUGAGCUGAACGAGCACAUGGGCUUGUACCUGAACGCGGUUAUGCGCCGUCCACUCGGCAAGCUCCUUGAGUAUAUUGAGAAUAUCGAGGGCCAACUUCAAUCGGGCAAGGGCGGUUCCAGCAUCGCAGCACAGCCCUCCAACUCUAAGUCUACCUUCAACAAGGUACUCUCCACAUAUGAUGGGCGCGAAGUCCGCAAGGGCAUCGAGACACUCCGCAAGCGUGUUGACAAGCACUUUGGCGACGCAGACGACCCUGCUCUCAGCCAGAAGCUGGUGAAUAAGGUACUCCGUGAGUGUGAGCGCUUCUACGGCGAGGUGGAACUACGCAUCAGCCGCAUCACCGCCGACGUCUACGGUGGGGACGUAAUUUUCGAGUGGCCGCGUGUCGAGGUUAAGGCUGGCUUCCGCUAG